AUGGGCGAGGGCGCCCUGGCCCCGGGCCUGCAACUGCUGCUCCGCGCCUGCGAGCAGGGCGACACCGACACCGCGCGACGCCUGCUGGAGCCCGGCGCGGAGCCGGCCGUGGGACCCGAAGUGGGAGCGGAGCAGGCAGGGCCCGAGGCGGCCCGGGCGGCCGAGGCCGGAGCGCCGGUGCCGGUGGACUGCUCGGAUGAGGCGGGCAACUCGGCGCUGCAGCUGGCGGCGGCCGGUGGUCACGAGCCACUCGUGCGGUUCCUGCUGCGCCGCGGAGCCUCGGUUAACAGCCGCAACCACUACGGCUGGAGCGCGCUCAUGCAGGCGGCCAGGUGCGGGCAUGCAAGCGUGGCACAUCUCCUCUUGGAUCAUGGGGCUGAUGUCAAUGCUCAGAAUCGGCUGGGUGCCAGCGUGCUCACCGUGGCUUCUCGGGGCGGCCACCUGGGCGUGGUGAAGCUGUUGCUGGAGGCCGGCGCCAUUGUGGAUCAUCACAGCCCGUCCAGCGAGUCACCAGCCACGGGAGGCAGCAAGGACGAGCUGCUGGGCAUCACGGCCCUGAUGGCUGCCAUUCAGCACGGGCACGAGGCCGUGGUACGCCUCCUGAUGGAGUGGGGUGCAGACCCCAACCACACAGCCCGGACCGUGGGCUGGAGCCCUCUGAUGCUGGCGGCCCUCCUCGGGAAGCUCAGCGUGGCACAGCAGCUGGUUGAGAAGGGAGCCAGUCCCGACCACCUCAGUGUGCUGGAGAAGACGGCCUUCGAGGUUGCCCUUGACCGCAAGCACAGGGAUCUGGCUGACUACCUGGACCCGCUGACCACUGUCAGGCCGAAAACAGAUGAGGAGAAGAGUCGGCCUGACAUCUUCCAUGCGCUGAAGAUGGGAAACUUUCAGCUGGUCAAGGAGAUCGCCGAUGAAGACCCUAACCACGUGAACCUGGUCAACGGGGACGGGGCGACCCCACUGAUGUUGGCGGCCGUCACAGGGCAGCUGCCCCUGGUACAGCUGCUGGUGGAGAAGCAGGCAGACAUGGACAAGCAGGACAGUGUGCACGGCUGGACGGCCCUCAUGCAGGCCACCUACCACGGAAACAAGGAAAUUGUCAAGUAUCUGCUCAAUCAAGGGGCUGAUGUUGCUCUGCGUGCCAAAAAUGGGUACACGGCCUUCGACCUAGUGAUGCUGCUGAAUGAUCCUGACACUGAACUUGUUCGACUGCUGGCAUCUGUGUGCAUGCAAGUGAAUAAGGACCGAGGCCGGCCCAGCCACAGGCCCCCACUGCCCCACUCAAAGGCCAGGCAACCCUGGAGCGUCCCCAUGCUGCCGGAUGACAAGGGAGGCCUGAAGUCGUGGUGGAGCCGGAUGUCCAACAGGUUCCGAAAGCUGAAACUUAUGCAGACCCUGCCACGUGGGCUGGCUGCCAACCAACCUUUGCCUUUCUCUGAUGAGCCUGAGCUGGCACUAGACUCGACCAUGCGGGCACACCCCCAGGACAGGACUAGCCACCCUGGGCCACCGGAAGCAGCCCAUGCGACCAGAGACAGUGGUCCUGGGAGCCCGAGAAGGGAGAAGGAAGAUGUGUUACUGACAACCAUGCUACGGAAUGGAGCUCCCUUCCCCCGGCUCCCCAGUGACAAGCUGAAGGCCGUCAUCCCACCCUUCCUGCCCCCAUCCAGCUUUGAACUGUGGAGCUCGGACAGGUCCCGCACAUGUCACAACGGGAAAGCAGACCCCACAAAGACCGUGCUGCCCCCAAGAGCCAGCAGGGCCCACCCUGUGGGCUGCGCGGGCACAGACACUGCUGCUGGCAGGCCAGUGAAAUUCCCCAGCAUCUCCCGAAGCCCCACCUCCCCUGCCAGCUCUGGGAGCUUCAACCAUUCACCUCAUUCCUCAGGAGGUGCCAGUGGCAUUGGGGGCAUGAGCAGACUGGGUGGGGAGCUGCAUAACCGCUCAGGUGGCAGCGUAGACAGUGUCUUGUCCCAGAUCGCUGCUCAGAGGAAAAAGGCAGCUGGAUUGUCUGAUCAGAAGCCUAGCCAGCGGUCCAGUCCCGUGGGGCCAGCGCCAGGUUCCAGCCCGCCUGAGCUUCCAGCUUCCCUCAUGGGCAGUGGUGGCGGCUCUUCCAGUGGAACUUCCAGCAGCAAGAAACUGGACCCCAGCAAACGGCCUCCAUCUGGAACGUCUGCUGCCUCUAAAAGCACGUCCCCUACCCUCACGCCCUCGCCCUCUCCCAAAGGCCAAGCUGCAGAAUCCUCGGUGUCCUCCUCGUCCUCCCAUCGGCAGUCCAAGAGCAGUGGGGGCUCCAGCAGUGGCACCAUCACAGACGAGGACGAGCUGACUGGAAUACUUAAGAAAUUAUCACUAGAGAAGUACCAGCCCAUCUUUGAGGAGCAAGAGGUGGACAUGGAAGCCUUCCUCACUCUCACUGAUGGUGACCUGCAGGAGCUGGGUAUUAAGACGGAUGGUUCCCGGCAGCAGAUUCUGGCCGCCAUCUCCGAGUUAAAUGCAGGCAAGGGCCGUGAGAGGCAGAUUCUACAGGAAACCAUUCACAACUUCCACUCUUCCUUUGAGAGCAGCGCCAGCAACACCAGGGCCCCCGGCAACAGUCCCUCCAUGGCCGGAUGGGUAAAGCCAGAAGAAGCAGUGUCUAGCAAGAGGUAGCUGCAGCUGUGCAAGAGGGAGCUGUGCUUGUGAUGGCUCUGCUGGCAUCGGAGCCCUGGGAUAUUGAGGCUUGAGCAGAGAAUCGCUGCCCUUUUCUUGCCUGGAUUAUUUCUUCACUGGAACUCACAGCAAGUGGACAGAAGACUGGCUGAUGCAGUGUGCAAGGGCCCGAGAUGCCCCUCUCUUGCUAAUGCUUUGGAGAGGCUAAUAUGGAGGCCUCAUGGCUGCAGAUGUAAACCCUAACCUCUACAUGCAAGUAGGUGCUACCCGUCAAGGCCUGGGACCCUUGCAGGAAAGAUGCUGCACACAGGUGAAGCCCUGCAGAAGGUGUGGUGCAGUACCCCACUCUGACUGUUCUUGUUCAUUUUAAGCAGUCACCAGCGGGUCCUGUUCAACAUGUGAGGACACGUAAUGCUGUCCCUAAUGAAGCUGGGGCCAGAUUCUGCAGGCUGCUUUGGAGAGAGAGCCAAGACACUCCCAGGUGUCACACUGGCUUUCCAGUGGCUUCCAGAGGAUCGGCCGGGCUCCGCCUGCUCUUGGGGGCACUGCUCUCCAGAAUGGAGAGCACACAUGCACAGUGAGGUGAAGGUGCAGGAGGGAGCUGUGGAUGAAGCCACACACGAGAGCACCAAGCCCACUUCACUGUCUUCAGCUCCUCCAGGGCACUUCAGAGCAGGGUCCUGCUUCCCAUGGGAGCCCCCCCAACCCCAAGACCAAUAGACAUAGCCCCAGGCAUCUUCUUCAGGAUACCCUGGUGGCAGGGCUGGGGUGUGAGUUUGUCCCACGCCACACUAGGGUGUCUACACCCAAUGGUCAGAG